AUGCCACGAAGGUUGCGCGUGCGACGACCUUUUCCUCAUGCUCGUAGGUCGUACAACUACAAAAACUACUACUCGAUCUGUGUUAUAGCUGGGCCCCAACGACCUAGCAUAAGGAAGUGGAUUAAGUAUAUAUAACUAGCCUCCACAAGCUUCGCCCGGCUUCAAGUUAGUUUAGCACUUUUCUGCGGCCUCCCACGGGCUACAGCCGCUAGAGUAGAGACAGCCGGCGGGUGAGCUGAUGCACCUUACGAAUUGACUACGACAAGAGCCGAGCGCCGGCGGUGGCCGACUGAGAUGCGUCGACUCAUGUGCAGGGCAUUGCGCUGCCUUCGGUUUUUUUUUUGAGAUUGCCGGGCGGGUCAUGCAAAUUCUUAAGAAUUUGCAAGACCCCCACGGCAGUCCAACAAAAAAACCAGAAGAGAGCCACCAGACACGCACAAGAAUCCGCAAGCCCCAACGCACGCAAGCGCCUCGCGGUGGCGCCAGGCAAGAACGAGGGGCGACCUUGAUGGGCCAAACAAGACAAAGCAACGCAGGGCCGCGCUGCUUGGGUCUCUCUACGCGCUUACACCUGGCGGGGCUUCUUUGUUUCGUCAGAUGUCUCUCGUCAGAAACAGGCGGGCGCACUUCGCGGGGUCGUGCGGCGUCGCGCUUCGGGCUGUGGCUGAAGCCUCUCGGCUGGCUGACGUCUUUCACCAAGCUGGAGACUAAGGCCCUCCAUCAGGCUGAUGCCGUUCGUCAGAACAACGCUCUGCGCCAGGCUGGCGGCGUUCGUCGGGCAGGCCGGCGCCCCUCGGCAGGCGUCUUGGGUCAGGCUGAGGCUUUUCGUCAGGGUCGGGCGACGUCUCUCGUCAGGCUGAAGCGCUUCGCCUGGCUGACAUUCCUCGCCGGGCCGAGACUCACGCCUUUGGUCAGGUUGAUGGCUUGCUUCAGCUCGGCGCCGUUCGUCAGGCUGAUGCACUCGCCAGCCAGGUGAGGCCUCUCGCCAGGCCGGCGCAAUGCUUCGCCAGGCGUCUGCCUUGCGUCGGAGGGAACAGGCUGAGCGGGGCCUUUCUUCGGGCUGCGGAUGUCUUUCCUUCGUAAGAUUGACCCCGUUCUUUCGUCGGACUGACGUGCUUCGCCAGAUUGACCGCGUUCGCCGGACUGACGUCCUUCGCGAAAGGUCUUCGCUAUCUUCAAGGGCCUCGCGCCACAGGGAGGCCUCGCGUCAGUUUUUCUGGCGGAGGUCGUUCGUCAGAUGUCUGCUGUCGCGGGUCUCACUCUUGUCGUGUCGGAGGUCUUGGGCCCAAAGGUCGUCUUUGGUCCACGCACAGGUCGCCGGUGGUCCACAGGUCGCCUGUGGCCCAAAGGUCGUCUUCGGUCCAAAGGUCGGCUUUGGUCCAGAGGUCGUCUGUGGUCCAGAGGUCGCUUUUGGUCCAGCGGCCGUCUUUGGUCCAAAGGUCGCCUUACUUUGGUCCAAAGGUCGCCCUACUUUGGUCCAAAGGUCGCCCUACUUUGGUCCAGAGGUCGAAGGGUCGCCUUACUUUGGUCCAAAAGUCGCCCUACUUUGGUCCAGAGGUCGGCGCACUUUGGUCCAAAGGUCGGCUUACUUUGGUCCAAAGGUCGGCUUACUUUGGUCCAAAGGUCGCCUUACUUUGGUCCAAAGGUCGCCUUACUUUGGUCCAAAGGUCGCCCUACUUUGGUCCAGAGGUCGCCGGGUCGCCUUACUUUGGUCCAAAAGUCGCCCUACUUUGGUCCAGAGGUCGGCGCACUUUGGUCCAAAGGUCGGCUUACUUUGGUCCAAAGGUCGGCUUACUUUGGUCCAAAGGUCGCCUUACUUUGGUCCAAAGGUCGCCUUACUUUGGUCCAAAGGUCGCCCUACUUUGGUCCAGAGGUCGCCGCACUUUGGUCCAGAGGUCGCCUGUGGUCCCGCGGUCGUCUUCGGUCCCAAGGUCGUCUUUGGUUUCAAGGUCGUCUUUGGUCCCAGUGUCGUCUUAAGUCCCAAGGUCUCCUGUGGUCCAGAGGUCGCCUGUGGUCCAAAGGUCGCCCCUGGGUCAAAGAUCGCCUUUGGGCCAAAGAUCGUCUUUGGGUCAAAGAUCGCCUGUGCUCCAAAGGUCGUCUUUGGUCCAAAGGUCGCCUUUAGUCCGAAGAUCGCCCUUGGUCCAACGGUCGCCCUUCGUCCAAAGCUCGUCUUUGGUCCAAAGAUCGGCUUUGGUCCAUGUGUCUUUGGUCCAAGGUCUUUGCCCUUUCGGUGGGCGGUCUUUCGUUGGCUGUCUCUCUUUGGACUUUUCUCCCCAGCUUGCGCCCCCACCCCCGUCGGCCAUUUUUCUGCCUUCUUUUCUGGUGGUCUGCCACGGGGCCGCAACGUAAAUCCCAACAAGGAAACGGCCGGAGGCUAUCGGGCUUGAGACUGAGGGGAAAGGGCAGGAGACUAUGGGCAAUAGCUUCGCGAAAGAAGCUGACUAAUCUCCGGUGGGUUAGGCGGGGAGUUUUAUGGCGGCGAUCAAUGGCGAGAUUAAUAAUAUAGAUUAAUAAUAUAGAUUAAUAAUAUAGAUUAAUAAUAUAGAUUAAUAAUAUAGAUUAAUAAUAUAGAUUAAUAAUAUAGAUUUUUUUUUUGUUAUGUUUUUUAUCUAUCAACUUAUAAUAAUUAUGCGUGUCUUGAAAUUAAUUUCGUAUCCUUUGCAGCGACACCAUGUUGCCCUUAGUUACAUCUUGAAAAAUUCAGUUGUGGUCGUUUUUGUAAGAACGGAAACUCGAUGUAUCACAAUAAUGCUUUGA